AUGAGCUGUGCCGUCAGGCAGGUCGUCACUGCCUGCUCCCAGGGCAGGGGCAGCGCCGGCAGCUCCGCGGCUGGCAGCGCAAGAAAGGUCUCCUCCGCCUCCUCGGGGAGACACGCUGCCUACGAUCUGGGUGGCGUGGCUGGCAGUUUUUCUGGUGGCAGUUUAAGCGAGGGAUUGCUUGGGAAGCAGCUGAGCGCCGGCAGUGCUACCGGCGGCAGCUUUGGAGCUGCCCAGAGGGCUUGUUCUACCCUCGGAUUCGGCGGUGGAGGCAUCUGCGCUCGCGGUGUCAGUGGUGGCUUUACCAGAGUCGGUGCUGGUUGCAGUGAUGGGAUCUUGUUUGCUAACAACGAGAAGGCGACGAUGCAGAACCUCAACGACCGCUUGGCCUCCUACCUGGACAAGGUGCGGCUGGUGGGGGGGGUCGAGUGCAAGAUCAGGGAGUGGUACGCCAAGGUAGGGCCCAGCUGCGAGCCACGGGACUACAGCUGUUUUCAUAAGGAAAUCGAAGACCUUCAAAACCAGAUCCUGUGUGCAGCCAUGGAGACUAACAAAAUCCUUUUGAAUAUUGAUAACAACAGGAUGACUGCUGAUGACUUCAGAGUGAAGUAUGAGACCGAAUGCGGUCUGCGGCAGAACGUGGAUGCAGACAUUUGCAACUUGCGGCCCGUCCUGGACCAGCUGGCCAGCUGCAAGACUGACCUGCAGCUGCAGUGCGAGGCACUGACCGAAGAGAUGUGCUGUCUCAAGACGAACCACGAGGAGGAAAUGAGCUGCCUGAGGAAACAGGCGACUGGAGAUGUGAGCGUGGAGGUCAACGCCUGCCCUGGCCCAGACCUGAGGAAGAUCCUGGAGGACCUGAGGUGUCAGUACGAAACGCUGAUGGAGCGCAACCGCAAAGAGACCGAGCAGUGGUACGCCUGCAAGGUGGAGGAGGUGAAUCUGGAGGUUGUCACAAGCAGCCAGGAGAUCGAGUCAAGUAACAAACAGGUCACUGAGCUGAGACGUCAGCUGCAGGCCCUGGAAAUCAAUGUACAAGCCCAGCUCACCAUGAAAGAGAACCUGGAGUCCUCUUUGGCGGAAACCGAAUGUCGCUACAACAAGUACCUGGCCGAGCUCCAGAGCCAGAUCUCCUGCGUGGAGCAGCGGCUGGCUGAGAUCCGAGCGGAGAUGGAGUGCCAGAACCAGGAGUACAAGACCCUCCUGGACGUCAAAUGCCGCCUGGAGCAGGAGAUUCAGACCUACCACUGCCUGCUGGAGGGGGGGCAGCAGGACAUCAUGUACGCAGGCGACGGGCACACCCGGGCACAGUAACAUCUCUAAGCUUUGGCUUACAGGGAUAUGAAAAUCCAUGACCCAGACGGUAAAAG